AUGUCUACGUCGGCUGAGCUUGAUAGAUGGCCAACGUAUUCAAGAUUUGAGAUUCUGCCGGUUUCAUCGGGUGCUGAGGGACAGGUCGCGCUCGUGACCGCCAUCGCCUUCUGUCACCGCGGCGAUUUCCUGGCCGUCGCUAGCGUUCGAUAUGAUGGACAAACGGCUAUCGGCCUCAUCCAGGUCUAUGCGAUGAACGAUUCCUUGUCAAUCAAAAGGGCUGUCAACAUUCCUGCUCAUCCAACUGUUCUGGUCUGGUACAAGAACAUUCUCAUCAUCGGUGAUCGAACUGGGGAUGUCACCCUUAUCAAUUGCGACUCUUUUGGUCGUGAAUCUGACGACGAGCAGGAAAACUGGGCCGGCGGGGAGAUUCGAGCUAUAGCUAUCUCGGGAAACUGCGUGGCGCUCGGUACCCCGCUUGGCGUCUAUAUAGCCAAGUUGCGAAUGCGUCCGUGGUAUAGGUCUGUCGCGUGGUACGACAGGAAGGUCGCUCGCUUUCCAGGACCGUCUACCCCAUCUCAGAAGCACUGCCCUGUGUCUUUGAGUUUUACCUCCGAGCGCGAUCUCCUCGUGGUCACAUAUGAACGGGAUGGUAUCGUCUUGUUCGAUCCCCGAACUGGGAGCGCCAUACACCGCAUACCUGCAGCAUCCGAUAUGAUCGGGUCAUCUGCUCUGUCUCCAAGGAACGAUCUACUUGCCGCAACCAAUUUGGAGGGCGGUAUCGAUGUCUAUGCGCUGGAGGGCGACAUGUCAAGAUACGACUACACGUUGCCCUUGCAGAGGAAAGGCUUGAACAGGGCCAUACCUAUAUUGUUCAUUCACGAAGGGAGCGGCAUGCUUGUUGGUAGCACGCACGGCGUGGCCCGAGUGCUCUCAUCACGGGGAAGUAUCAUGCAGCUCUUUACUGUUGACUCACAACAAGCGCUAGUUCAGGAAAUCGGAUACGUCAUGCUCGGACGCAGGCACUAUAUGGCUUUUGGCACUGCGGAUGCCAAUGGGCAAAAUGUCGUCGCGAUCUACCGCUCGCAGGAACAAGCUACCUCAUCUCGCAUCACUCGACGCAAGAUGAGAGAAGGCGCGAUGGCGUGCAUCUCUGUAUCUACUGUGUUGCUUCUGGCUGUCAUCGUAACUUUGGGAUCUUUGGCGUUGUGGCGAUCCAUACCUCGGAGCAAUGUUCUGCGCCAGUCGUUCCAGCCUGAGGAGAUCGUGGCGGAUGGCUAUACAGAUGUCUUCGGUCACAUCUCCGACCAGCGUGCUGGCAAACAGUAUAGUGCCGGUGUCGGUGGUAUAGAUAUCGAUGGGUACGAGGAUGGGCAGGUAGAGGGUUGGCGCGGCAACGUGGAUGGACUACUUUGGUGGUUAGGCAUACGGUACUAA